CAGCACACGAGACAGCCAGGGGAACAGGUGUGUAAGGACGCUAUUUUAUUACUUACCUGCCGCAGGUGACUAUGGUAGAAGUCUAACAAACUAACUGACGAACUGAAGCGAAACAAGUCACAGUUGAUAAAAUGAAUAACCCAAUCCCGUCCAACAUGAAGUCCGAGGCGAAGAAAGCUGCCAAGAUCCUCAGAGAGUUUACUGAGAUCUCCAACCGCACUGGGCCUGACAAACUCAUCCCAGCCAAUAUAUUAGCCAAGUGUCAAGGCCUGGCCAUCAUCACAGUGAUCAAGGCAGGCUUUAUGAUCACAGCUCGAGGCGGCAGCGGUAUAGUCAUCGCUAGACUGGCUGACGGACGUUGGUCUGCUCCCUCUGCCAUUGGUAUAGCUGGUCUGGGCGGUGGCUUUGAGAUUGGAGUUGAGGUAUCAGACCUGGUGGUGAUUCUGAUGCAGCGCAGGGCGGUGGAUUCUUUCUCUAAAGGAGGGAACCUCACUCUGGGGGGCAACUGUACUGUGGCGGUAGGACCGAUGGGGAGGAACGUGGAGGCUGAUGUAGCGCUACGUAGCACAGCAGCAGUGUUUACCUACUGUAAGUCCAGAGGGCUGUUUGCUGGAGUCUCUCUGGAGGGAUCCUGCCUCAUAGAACGCAAAGACACCAACCGCAAGUUCUACUCCCAGGACAUCCGUGCGUCGGCCAUAUUGAAUGGAGAUGUAGAACCUCCCCCAGAAGCUGAUGACCUGUACUGUGUCCUGGAGAGCUACACAGAUAAAUACACUACUGAGUGGACAGCCAAACACCUAGCGCAGAAGGCCAGUGGUCCUCCAGCUAGACCCCGAGCUCCUGCCACACAGAGACCUGCUAGCACUUACAGGACGGAGGCAGUGAAGCCCUCCCUCUAUCCAAGCGUCUCUGCUUUCAAAUCUGGCAGCACAGAAUCCUAUAAGAGAAGUCCAAGUAGCACAAGGACAGUCCAAAACGAUUACGGUGGGGUCGGGUCGUGGGACGCGGGGCCUGUAGUCGUCACGGCGGUACACCCGUUCACAGGGCAACAGCCUGGCGACCUGAGCUUCAACCCUGGCGACCGCAUCACUGUGGUUACCAAGACAGAGUCACAGUAUGACUGGUGGGAGGGAACGCUGAACGGACGGACCGGAAUCUUCCCCGCUAACUUCGUCUCCUACCCCUGAACACACACACACACACAGGUCUGUCACACACACACAGGUCUGUCACACACAUGGACACUUAUAUUGCUGGGAGUAAUGUUUUCAACACACUACAUGGACACAUGAUGUCCCACACUCUCUAACACGAACAUUCUCCACAAUGUUCAAGACUCACACUAACUGACUCUGAUUACUACAGUUCAGGGGAAGGUCUUCCUAUAGGAUGGUAUGGGUAGCCACGCUGUCUUCCUAUAGGACGGUAUGGGUAGUCACGCUGUCUUCCUAUAGGACAGUAUGGGUAGCCACGCUGUCUUCCUAUAGGACGGUAUGGGUAGUCACGCUGUCUUCCUAUAGGACGGUAUGGGUAGUCACGCUGUCUUCCUAUAGGACGGUAUGGGUAGUCACGCUGUCUUCCUAUAGGACGGUAUGGGUAGCCACGCUGUCUUCCUAUAGGACGGUAUGGGUAGCCACGCUGUCUUCCUAUAGGACGGUAUGGGUAGUCACGCUGUCUUCCUAUAGGACGGUAUGGGUAGUCACGCUGUCUUCCUAUAGGACGGUAUGGGUAGUCACGCUGUCUUCCUAUAGGACGGUAUGGGUAGUCACGCUGUCUUCCUAUAGGACGGUAUGGGUAGCCACGCUGUCUUCCUAUAGGACGGUAUGGGUAGCCACGCUGUCUUCCUAUAGGACGGUAUGGGUAGCCACGCUGUCUUCCUAUAGGACGGUAUGGGUAGCCACGCUGUCUUCCUAUAGGACGGUAUGGGUAGCCACGCUGUCUUCCUAUAGGACGGUAUGGGUAGCCACGCUGUCUUCCUAUAGGACGGUAUGGGUAGCCACGCUGUCUUCCUAUAGGACGGUAUGGGUAGCCACGCUGUCUUCCUAUUGGACGGUAUGGGUAGCCACGCUGUCUUCCUAUAGGACCGUUCCUACCUGAAUUUGUCCAAUAGAAACUCUUGUUUUCGUUGCAAAAAAAAAAUUCUACAGUGUUUUGAUUAAUGAAUACACCCCCAGAUGUUACCAGCCAGCUCUGUUCACUUCUAGAGACCCGAACCACGCUGGAAAGGGUGAUGUAGAAAGACUAUAUCCGAGCCAGUGCAGUGCAGUUUGGGUCGGCAAGAUGGUGUGAAUAAGGUACCAGUUUUAGAGCAUUGAACAGAGGAAAGCUAAAGAACGGUGCUGUUAUCACGGACUCUGCUACUCUGUUACACUGUUUUAUUCUCACUCACUAUUUUAUAUGCUCUCCGUCAAGUCACAAAUUGGUUUGACAAGGGUGUUUGACAUAUAUUACAAUGAAGUCAAUAGAUUAUUAUUAUAGAUUAUUUAAUUUUUUUGUUUCUAUAAAAUGCAUUAUAUAUUACUAUUAUAUUAUCUGUGCCUGUGGGUUAUUUUAUGUUCUGAAGUUUCUGGGAUUAUGUGCAGUAUUUUUCUCCAUACUACCGUUUUGUAUGAUCAAAAGUAUUUAAUAUAAAAUCUGUUUUAUCUUAACAUCUGUAUGUAAUGAUAGUUUGUACGGAUUUCUCUCUGAAUGUGUGUGUGGAUAUGUAUUAAAGAACCUUGUCUGUAA